UUGGGUGUUUUUCCUCCUAGUUCAGUCUGUCUAAAGGGAGACACAUUCAUAGUAUUGUCAGAGCUACAACACACUUUUGUGAUUUGUUUUGUUCUCCUCACUUGGAAAUCCAGAAGUUUAACCAUGGGACUACAAGGUGGUCUCAGCUGUGUCAAGUACUUGAUGUUUGGCUUUAAUUUCCUGUUUUGGCUUGCAGGUACAGGAGUCCUGGCAGUUGGACUCUGGCUGCGUUUUGACAAGACGACUGAACACCUUUUUGGAGAAGGCUCACCUUCCACAUUUCUCACUGGUGUUUACAUCCUCAUUGUGGCUGGAGCCCUUAUGAUGGUGGUCGGUUUCCUUGGGUGCUGUGGAGCCAUCAGAGAGUCACAGUGUAUGCUGGGAUUGUUCUUUAUUUUCCUGCUCAUCAUCUUUGCAGCAGAAGUGGCUGCAGGAAUCUGGGGGCUGUCUAACAAAGAUAAGAUUGUAGAUGAGGUAAAGAGCUUCUACUCUCAGACUGUUGAUAACUACAAAAGCACAAAGCAGCCAGCACUGAAAGAAACUUUGACAGCCAUUCAGCAUAGUCUUCAAUGCUGUGGUCUAACUGGAACUCCUUUGGAUGGCCUAUCGGACACCUGCCCAAAGAAGACUGGUUUGGAUGUGUUGAUCACGACAAGUUGCCCAGCUGCAAUUGAUGACCUGUUUAAUUCCAAGAUGCACAUUAUUGGAGGUGUAGGCAUUGGCAUUGGUGUAAUCAUGAUCUUUGGCAUGAUCUUCAGCAUGGUACUGUGCUGUGCCAUCAGGCGAACGAGAGAUGUUGUGUAAAGGGAUUUGCAGAUUCAUUCACUUUGCAACGACCAGUCUGGCCUUUAAGUGUUGGCUGUUUUCACUGCCAAAGCACACUGCUUCAACACCCCAUAAUAUGUUUAAAUUCUUUCUAAUGCAGUUGCAUAUCCAAGUUUAAAAAAUGGCACUGGAGACUAUUGUUCAUUCCCCUGGGUUUUACCAUAACAUUCUUGUUUGCCUGUAGUACAUUCCCUUUUAAUUCCCUUUUUGCUUGUGUUUUUAUUUUCAAUAUAUUUUAUUUAGUAAAGGAUUUGUUUUACAAUUUCCCAUGUAUCUAUACUUGAGUUAACUCUUUGAAAUACUAAAUAAAAUUGUCGAAUACAAA